AUGGCCCCAGCUGCUACCACUGCGGGUGAAAGGCCCACCAUAGAAACAGGGGUAUUAGAGAACCUUUUACUACGUGACGACAACAUCUAUGAGACGUCCUUAAACUCGGAAGAUUACUUAAACAGUUUGGCCCCCAUAAUAAAGGAUGCCGUUAAAUCCAAUGGACUCUCCGAUUUAAUCUACAAAUUGAACGAUAUUGUUAGUGAAAAGGACGAAGAAUUAGCAGAAUUGUCAUUGAGUUCAACUAAGGAUAUUAAUAGUUGUAUUGAUACCAUUGACGAGAUCCACACAGACGCACGAGGUAUGAGCGAAAGUUUAGUCGACGUUAGUCGUUCUUUAAACGAUUCAGUAGUAGAUUUAGUGGUGAGGAAAAAGAAGUAUAUAAGGGCUAAGGAAGUUUCGAACAAGAUCCAAGAAACCAGCGUUGUGUUGAACUUGUGUAUUCAAGUGUUGGAAAGUACAAACCGAAUCCAUGACCUUAUUAAACAACACAAAUACUUUAGUGCUUUAAAGCUGAUAGACGAAUUGAAGAAUAUUCAUUUGCCCAAGGUUGAGAACUUUAGCUUUUCACUUAAGAUCUAUGACUCCAUUCCUCAUUUGACCAACAUGAUCAAAGAGGAGUCGUUCGAUAAUUUAAACAAAUGGCUAUCAAUGAACUUGGAAAGACGGUUGAUCGAAGUGGGUAACAGAUUGUACGAUAACUUACAUAUACUUCAAACCAAUUGGGAAGCAGAACGUGAAAAAAAUCCUACGUUCAAAUCGCAUAAGUUGAAUUCACCGGUCGAAGUUGUCAGCAGAGACCCACUGACUAACCUUAACAUUUUGAACGACGCUAAUUUGGUGAUCGACUUAUCAACCAUUUUUGAUUCCAUCCUAGUUUAUCUGACAAUGAACGAAGAAGAGGAACUACAAGCUUUAUACCACAAGGAAUGGAUGAAGAGAUACAACCGAGUCAUUUACCCCAUAACUUCUGCCACCGCUCAAUCGAUAGCAGAGUUCCAAGAUAUCAAUACUUUAGACCAUUAUCUUCGGAAAAUAGCUGCAUUGUUUGUUUUAGAUCGCCAGAUCAAUUUGUCGACCAAAUACCAAUUAAGAACCCAAGCGAAUUCGAAUGAUUUAUGGGACUCCUAUGUGGCGAAAUUAAAGCCGGUCUUAGCUCGUUUUAUUGAAACCCAGUUGCACGGCUUUAGUGAGUUCGAAUCAGUGAAAAAUCUAAUAGGUAAUUUCAUGCAAAUCAUGGAGAAUAAUGGGUUUCGAAUCAAUGAUCUUUACGACAUAUUGAUGUCACUUUUCCGUAACCAAUUGACUCCCGAGUUAAUCCAAGAUUUUAGGUCGGAGUUCUUAGAAGCCAUUCAAUCCGACCAUUAUAUGCCAUUGGUUAUAAACAAUCAGGAUGACUACGAUAGAAUCAUGAAGAUUUGUUGGUAUAAGCCAGACCAGUAUUUUGCUCCUUCCAAGAUAACACGAAUGCCUGUCAGCUUACCUUUCAGUGAGGAUUAUGUUCAUUUCUGUUUGGGGAUCAGAUCUUUGCUAGAUGACAUCCUACACUUCACCCGAAUGCAUUACGGCAUGGAGAUCACGGAGUUGAAUUCAAUUAUUGUCAACGAAAUCUUUGAACGAAUCUUGGGAAGCGAAAAGGGGUACGGUAUCUGUAACGACAUGAGAGCUUUCAUCGAGAAGAAUGCCAGUAACAAGGAGAUUGUCGCCCAAUCUUAUACUAAUUUGGAAUACUAUUUGUACAGUCUUUUUGAGAUUGGGAAGUUGAUUAACCGGAGGUUGAGAGUCAACAUGGGCCUUGGAGUUCAUGGGAACGACAAUGUGUAUACGCUUCGAGCCGUUGACGAGUUCAAGAGGCUCCGAGAAUUUGCGGAACAAACUAUAUUUGCUAUGGUGGAUGGGAAGAUUUCAGAAUUAUUGGAUAUGGUUGAAUUGGACGAUUGGCUACCUACCGUUAAAAACUCAGAAUCCAAUUAUUCUAUCAAAGACUUUGCCAUGUUCUUGGAGAACUUGUUUACGUCCAUCUUUGCUACAUUACCUGUUGCUGUCAAGACGAUUGGGUUAAUACGGACAUAUGAUUCUGUGGCCCAACACUUUGUCAAUGUACUUAAAGACGUCCCGCGGUUCAAUCGUAUUGGGAUAGAGAACUUUGACUUGGAUAUCAAGUACUUGGAAAGCUCAAUGCAACAAUUGGACACCACUCAAUCAGAUAGUGAUGUGUUGACUAAAACGUUUGAUGAAUUGCGCCAAUGCAUCGAUCUCUUGUUGCUCGAGGACUAUGAGGAAUAUAAACGGAACCCAGAUUUUAGAGCGAGAUUUGAUCGUAUCAGAGCUGAUGAAGGGUUCAAACUUAUUUCCAAGAUGCAUUCAGGCGAAGAAAGUCCUCAAUUCGACGUGAACACUCCUUUGGAAGAAGUAAGAUCACAGACUCCGAACCAAAUGGGCGACAACCAAUCGUUGUUUUCCAAUACUACAAGUUCGAGGUUUGCGAAGUUCAGCAGUCGAUUUAAUAAGGCAAACUAA